AUGGUGUGCCAUAACGAAGAACUUUACUCAGAAGUGGAUAUGGUGUAUCGACGGAUGACGAGAGGCAAAGAUCAACAUCUUGCCAUUUUCUCUCCCCGCUUCAAGAGUAUUCGCAGAAAACCGUUUUGGUCACAUUAUAAGGAGAUUAAUUAUAAGGGUGAGAUUAUUGUUGAUUACAAGGAGGUUAUCAGAUGGCCUUGUCCAAAUUGCCUUGCUCUCACACCCAGACUAGAGGAGGCCACCCAGACGUGA